AUGGAAUCUCUGGCGCUCUUCGCGCGAGCAUACGUUCCACCACACCCACCACCACAUGACCUGCCCCGCUCACCCUCUUAUUCGCUGUCGUUCCGUCUCUGCUUUCUGCCGCACGGCGUGCUGGCGUGUUUGCCAAUCCGCAGUCCUUUGCUAACUCACCUGCCUGCACAGAGAACGGUGGGGGACGGCGGCGGACCAGAAGCCUCUCAAGAGGGGUACCCGAGAAAGUUGCCACCUUCACCAUCACAGACGACGGCCUACGCCGCUCACGUGAUGAGCAGCACUACAUGCAUCCCAUCUCGUGUUCUUUACUUACCCGCACCACUGCUGCAGCCACGCGGCUCGAGAUGGGCAUCCGUGCAGCCGUCACCCGAUCGCGCUAGUCUGCUGCUCUGCGGUCGUCAUGAGUGUCAGCUGCUUGCCGUGUCGUCCUUCGCGCUGCAGGUGCCGCAUGCGACCGUCUUGGCGCAGCCAUCCAUCAGCAGCAGGGGAGAGGACACGCGUCGCCAAACGACGCAGCAGUGGAACGAGGGCGGUUCUGUCCCUGGCAAUUCCGCUGUUGGAGGGCGGGGUCGGUGCAUUGUCCUGCCGCAGCCACACCGCGACCUCACCUCCUCAUGCUGGCUCUCUGCAGGUCUCGACGCAGGCGGCGAAGACGACGACGAGGCAGCCGCCAGCGACGACAUCGCCCCUGGUGCGGUGGUAGGGCUCGGCGAUGCCACCUCAGCGGUGACUAUCAUGCGCCCCUCACCCGUUAGCAGAGCUUUAUCGCCUCAUGGCACGGUCGCCACGUGGCUGCAGGCCACCAUCUUCCUCAAGGACGAGGAGGACGCGGUGUUUGCGAGCGGCACACCAUUGGCGUGGCACCACCAGCACCACGUUCGCCUCGACAAGGCCACGGCGCUCGGGCGGCCGUGCCACUCGGGGCGUGCUCCGCCGGUAGCACCGGCUUGGAAGGCGGUAGAGGCGGUCCUGCCGUGCAGCUAUCUGCCUAGCCACUCCAGCGGUGGGCUGACGGACAUGUACGUCGUCUGCCAGCGCGUGGAUGACCUUUACGUGGGCAGCGGGAUUGCUGCCAGAGGACACUCCGCGAGACGAUCAUGCAAUGGCGUGUGGUUAGCCUCGGUGCAACGCGAGUCGGCGUGGCGAGUGCCGUUGGCGAUGCCACCCGGAGAUGACGAAGACGUAAUGGACAGCGGUGGUGAUGGUGCUCCUGCGCGCUCUUUAACAGAGGUGCGGCGCACACCGCGCUUGUUCGACGUACGCCGGCGCCUGCCGCAUGCGCUCAAAUACGCUGCACCGCACAAGCCGGCGCAUCAGCGCGCGGGUAACGGCGAGACGGGGCCGAUGGGUCUCGUCUUCGCUGCCGCGUUCCGUCGCCACGUUGGCCUCUAUACCGCCGCGACGGCCACCCCGACUGUAUUCUUUGGGCUGCCGUCGUGGCUGACGGGAGGCGGUGGCACUGCCGCCUCCGCCUCGUCACCUAGCUGGUGCUCGGGUUGGUCCGUGACGUCUGUGGUGGAAGAGCCAUCCCUCGUUGCGCCCGCAGCAGUCCCGCAGACAUCAUCAAACGGUGGCGGCAGCGGCUACUCGUACCUCGUGACGGCGAUGCAUCAUGAGCGGGGCAACCGGCGGAGCCGCCCUUACUCGGCUCACGCAAAGGUGGCGCAUGGCGAUGCGUCAUGGCAGGCUGAUGAGGACAACAACAGCAACGGCAGCUGCUGGUGGCUGCUGUAUGACUGCAGGAACCCGUCCCUGCCGGUGUGGGCCGCUGAGGAGGCGCUCACGGCACCGCCCGCGCUCGACGAGGAUGGCCUGUGGCACGAUGCACCUGUUGUGACGGAGUGGCUCGCAUCCACGUCGCCGUCGCCGGCGUCUCACACUGGCCUCCGCCGCCGUCCGGUGUGCGCGACGUACGUCCCGCUUGCAACGACUUCCGCGGACGGCUCGAGUGCCCUUGCGGCGCUGUCUGCGUGCGGCGUUUGUGUAGUGCUCGAUGGUGGGACGACGAUGCCCGACGGCGCGGGCUUGGAUGCGGAGGACGACGACGACGACGUGGAAGGCAGAGAGGCAGCGGAGGUGUUCGCCCCCAUCAUGUAUGAGCUAUCGCCACCACGCUCUCUGCUAUCACCAACACUCGACGCUCCUCGCGCAGUGACUGCGAAGCCGCCACGGGUGCGGGCGCUGACGUUCACCGACGGCGUGCUUCACUACGCGUGCGAGGAGGUGGUUUAG